UAACACCACAUCCUCUGCCGUAACAAGAUAACGAGACAAAAACCCUAGAUAACCCCUUUUCUUCAACCUCUCAGUAUGGCCAAAAAGAAAAUGUCUCAUUCAGCCAAUUCUCAAGAACCCAAGCACUCCCAAAACGAAACACAAACCAUAUCAAUGGCUACCCUGACCGAUGAUUCCUAUCUUCAACAGAUUCAGAGCCUCAGAAACCUCAAUGCCAAACUUCUUAAGGAGACCGCUGAGCGCCGCCAACAGAUUGACUCCCUCCAGUCGGAGCUACACUGCUCCGCCAUCUCCAACAACGACAUAGUCGCUGCCUUCGACUUAGAGAAGGUAGUCACUUCGGUUGUCGUGGACAGCCACGUCAAGGAGAUGAAUCUCUUAUUUGGCACACUCCUUGGAGAGAAGAAUCGCGAGGUUGAACGUCUCCAUCGUGAACGGGAAAGCCUCGCUGUGCGGUUCCAGAACGAGACGAAGCUGUUUGAGGAGAGUGUAAAGAGGGAGGGGAAGCUUCGAGAAGAAGCGGAGAAGCUUAGGUUGGAAGGUGAAAAUAUGUUGUUGCAGAAACAGAGAGACGUCUCGGAGUUGAAAAUGGAGCGAGAUUCGGCCCUGAAGAGCUCUCGAGAAUCGUUUGAGGCUGUUGAAACGUUGAAGGAAGAGAUUGAAGGGUUGAGAAGAGGGAAGGAUGAGUUUGUGAAGCUAAGCAAAAGUCAGAAGCAGAAAAUAGGUAAUCUUGAAGAGGAGUUGACACGAGUCAACGAGUCUUUGAAGAUGCAAGAGGAGUCCGUGCGUGUCAGGCUUGACAGUGCGGACGAGAAACUUGGUCUUGCGACGCAGAGGGCGGAGGAGAUGACGAGGGAGAUCAGUUCCUUGAUCGAGGAGAAGAAGAAGAUAGAAAAGGUUGUUGAGACGUUGACGGAGGAGAAUGUUGGUGUUCGUAAGAGUUUGAAUGUGGCUAUGAAGGAUUUGGGUGAUAAGCAGCAUGAGGUUGAUGAAGCUCUUAGAGUAAAAGGUGAAAUAGAGGAGGUGAAGGUUAAUCUAGAAAGUGAAAUUGUUGGUUUGAGAGUCAAAAUCAAAGAAUUGGAAGAGUCUUACAUGAAGUUUGAAAAGGAAAACUUGCAGUUGCUUUCAGAAGUUGACACUUAUAGAAGUGCUGUGAAAGAGGAGGAAGUUGAGAAGGAAAAGAUGAAGAAAGAGUUUGAGGAGGAAAAGAAGAAAAUGGAGAAAUUAGAGCUGCUAACUGCAAAAUUGCAGGAAACGGUUGUGAAGAGAGAUGCUGAUAUGGGACAAAUGAGAAGUGAUAGAGAUAAGCUGGGUGAGAAUGAAAAGAAGCUGGAGGGCAAUGUGAGUGUUUUGAGAAAGGAAAAUGAGGCAUUGCAGAGUAAGCUUUUGGAGGCAAGAAAGGAAGUUGAGGAUGUGAGCGCUAAGAUUGAUGUUUGGUGCAAAAAUUGGAACAAAGCCCUUGCACUGUUGCAGCAUACGGCUACACUUGUGUCUCAACAGAAGGAUAUUGAAGAGGAGGUGAUCCGAAAUGGUAAGAAUGUUGAAGAAAUGGAAGAAAUAGCUGUUGAAGAAGUGGAAAAAAUAAAGAAGGCAUUUGAAAGCAAAGAGGAGAUGCUGGAUGAAAUGAAGCAGAAGGUGGUUUCAUUGAACAAGUCUGUGGUGGAUGCUCACAAAAGUAAGAACAUAUGGACUGUGUUAUCUUCUGCAACUACAAUUUUUGCUGCUGCUUUGGUUGCUUAUGUUGCUAGAGGACGUUGAAUCAUUAUCCUAUUAACUUAGAUGAAUAACUUUAUAUCUUACUUGUAAUAUGAUCAAGAUGGUUUAGCCGAAUAUGAAUGUCUUGAUCUUUAUAAAAUUUUAUCCUUAUUAUAUAG